AUGCUCGCCCAACAAGACCCACCCUCCCAUAAUCCACCUUCCCUAACACCUGUCCAACCCCAGGACGAUAAAAGGCGCUCCCUCGGCCUCCGCGUCCCCAAGCACAUCCACAGCACCGUCCUCGCCGCAGACGCCGCAACGAAAGCCGACCGCCUCGCCGCGACUGCAGCACGAGACUCGCGACUGCUGGCAAACGCGCGCAGCACGCUGCUCCGUCUCUACCCAGCAACGCCCGCUGACGCCGUCGAUGACAUCGUCGCCCACACGUUCCGUAAGCACAGCGGACGCGUCGGCCGUGCCGGCGACAUGGAGCUCGACGAGAAGGUGACGCUGGGAUUGCGUGCGCACGUGAGGCACAAGUACACCGACUACGAUCGGUUGAUGCGGCACGAGGGGCUAGACAAGGACGAGGCGCGCAGGAGGAUUGCGCAUGAGGUGGAUGAGGUGGUUAGGAAAUGGCAAGGAGGAGAGCAGGGGCCGAUCUGGGGCCGGAGGAGGUUGUCACUUAGAAACGCUGGUGUUGGUGUAAACAACGCUGGUAGUGGCGGUGGUAGUGCAAGUGGCUCGCCGAAGAGGGGUAGAACAAAGGGCACGAGCAGUAGGGCGACGACAAAGAAGACCGGUGGGGGCAUCAAGAAGAGACCAAGAAUGAAGCAAAAGAGAACUUUGGCGAAGACGCCGAGGGUGAGCAAGACUGCGAGGAAACCGACGAGGAGCACUAGAGCACGCAGAGGCAAGAAGGCCUAA